UUAUUUCCUAUGUACAUCUUGUACGUAUCUGUCAACAAUGUUGCAAAUCAUCUGUUCUAAUGAGAUGUACACUGUCAAUUGUGCUUCCCGAGCCCAUUGUCUGAACUCUGCUUCUGAGCGACUGUUGACAAAGCGUCAGAGCUUGUCGAGAUAAUUGUUCUCUCUCAGAAUCACGCCUCAUUAAACAAUUAAGGAAAUAAUUCAAACAAUAAAGGAAUGGCUAUAAUUAAUAUCUUUGGAAUUAUAUUAACGCUAUGUCUAUUUUGUUUUGUCAUCAGUCGAAAAAUUCCACGUAAAAUACUGAUAGAUACAGAUCCUGGAGGAGACGAUGCUCUAGCAUUAAUACUGGCUCUCAUGUAUGAGGCUAAAACUCAUGAUAUCGAGAUUCUAGCCAUAGGCGUCACGUAUGGUAAUACAUAUUUAAAAACUGCAACAACGAACACAUUAAAAAUCUUAACAAUUGCUGACAAAAAAAAACUCGUAUAUGCUGGUGCCGACAAACCAUUAAUAAAUGAAUAUACAUCUGAUGAUUACUUUGGCGAUGAUGGAUUUGGAGAUUUUAAUUUUACCCAAAAAAUAACUGCAAAAAUUGACAGAUCGAAACACGCUUCUGUAGCGUAUGUAGACUUCGUGAAGAAAUAUCCAGGUGAAAUAACUAUAAUCACUCUUGGACCUCUAACAACAAUUGCUACGGCAAUUGCAUUAGAACCCAAUUUUCUAAAUUUAACAAAGCAACAUAUUAUAAUGGGAGCAAGUGUCAAAACUAAUGAGAUUGAAUUUAAUUUUAAACAAGAUCCAGAAAGUGAUUGGAUAGCUUUAAAUAAUGUCGAUAAACCUAGUAUUAUAGUUCCUAUAGACACAGUAUAUUCUCAUAUCUUUUCACAAGAGGAGUAUGUAAGUCUUUACAAUAAUUUGGAUAAAUCUAUUGCAAAUUUUUUGAAACUAACUGAAAGAAAGGGUAUAGAAAAAAAUAAUAACACGUGGACGCCAGCAGAUGGUAUCACCAUGGCAAUUGCGUUACAACCGGAGAUAAUAACGCAAUAUUCUGAAGUUAAUUUAACUCCAAUACUUGUUGGUGAUGCAAGAGGUUCAGUUGUCAUAGAUUAUAAUAGCCAUAUAAAUAAUGCAAGAGUCGUAAAAUCUUUUGAUAAAGAAGCAUUUAAAAGUUUAGUAUCACAAUAUCUUUCUAAAUCAAUUUGCCGGUACAUAGCCAAAGUAUAGUUAUAUUUUUAUUUUAUAUGACU